CGCGUGAUCGUGCGUGAUGUGCCGAGAACGAGAAGAAACGGGAGACAAGACAAGUGUAUAUUUGUGUAUGAUAUCAAUACAAAACAUGCAGGACUGAAUGAUUCGGGUGCAAAUGCUCGACAUUUACGGUAGAAUUUUUUUAAAACAUGUAGUUCUUGACAACGUUAUAAUAACUAAUCACCAAAGGAGCUCCAGGAAUACCCAAGAGAGGGAAAAAGAUGGCGAAAAAUAAGAAAUUUCCUCAUACGAGGUUGAUGGACUAUGUUAUAGUCGUUGGUGUACGAAAACCGACUCUGGAUUCCACUGAGACUCCGCAGUUACUUCGAAGAUUUCCUCAGAAAGAUCAUGAAGAUUCUUGUCUUCCUCCAGACGUAGUGUUUUUCUGCCAGCCCGAAGGAUGUAGUACGGUGUCAAAAAAAUUUUCCCUUCGAGAGGCUAAUUCGUUUAUUUUCACGUUAACAGACAAGGACACCAAUAAAGUUCGUUAUGGAGUGUGUAUGAACAUCUAUCGUCCCUGUUCGGAGUUUUUGUUCAAAGAGAACUUAGAAACUAAACUCAAAGAACCUAAUAUCACUAAGAGAAAGCGCUCAAGAUCUCGGAAUAAGAAAGACAUUUGUAUGACACAAACUUCGAUCUGCAUCGUAUCGCAUCAUCCGUUUUUCUCGACGUUCAGGGAGUGCCUAUUCGUGCUUCGAAAAAUGAUUGAUUCACGAGUUGGAAAGACUUCUAACGACAAAAAUGAAAAUACAAUCCCUGGCUUGGAAAGUUGGUCUGUAUUUACAUGUACAGAAGACCCUAAAUUGAGCGCUUUGGCCGAAGAAAUGGCCGAAAUAGAGACAUGGAUCCACAGAUUGUUACUCGCACCAGCUCCGAUGCAAGGACGAACGAAAGUCAAUAUGGAACUUCUUUGCCCGGAGACUUAUCCAAGUUUAUUAUUUUCAUCGCCAGAAAAUUCACGUUUACCAUUGAUAGACUUUCCUGUGCAUAUUCCACUGGAAUUACUUGGAGUCGAGACGUGUUUGAAAGUGUUAACUUGUAUACUUUUGGAGCAAAAGGUGGUAAUCCAGUCACGUGACUAUAAUGCACUCACUAUGACAGUCUUAGCUCUGACGGCAUUAGUGUAUCCACUGCAGUACAUGUUCCCUAUCAUUCCUCUGUUGCCCUCCUGUAUGAAUAAUGCCGAACAGCUUCUGAUGGCUCCUACACCCUACGUGAUUGGGGUACCUGCUAGUUUCUUUCGAUAUAAGUGCAAUGGAUUCGUUGCUCCUAAUGACAUUUGGAUAGUUGACUUAGACUCAAAUAAGUUAACUGUCCCACUAUCAGCAGAUGAGCUUCCAGAUCUUCCAGAAGAUGUUGGACCAAUGUUGGUGAAACAGCUAAAAAUGGCAUUACAAGCCCUAAGCAUGCCGCCACAGAGUAUUUCCAGCAUGAACAAGGCUGCCCCCCACGACAGAAUACCCCAAGUCAUCAAAGACAACAACAAGCCAACAGAAAACUCUCCCACUGAGAACCUAGUCUUUGGAAAUGACGUUGAUGCAGUUGAUAUUGCGGUGCGUGUUGCUUUAGUGAACUUCUUCCUAAGUGAUGAUAUUCUUGGUGGAGUUCAUGAACAUGUACGCACGCUGAGGUUAUAUCCACGGCCAGUCGUUGCAUUACAGAAGGGACCAUUCCUUAAGUCACGACCAAAACAGUCAGAUUUUGUGUUAGCAUUAUCUGAAACACAGGCAGUAGAGUACUUUGGAGAGUGGUUCAUCUGCCCAACGAAUACUGCAUUUCAAAAGAUUCAAAAAGGUAUAUAUGACCCUCAAAUGAUAGGAGACAAAGCAAAAUGGUACUUCAAUGACCUAGAGACAGUACAUUACCAAGUAUAUGAUGUCGAUUCCAAACUGUAUGGCGACCCAUGGAUCGAGGUAGAUUAUGAACCCAGCUUGAUCUUUGAUGAAGAAGAGGACACUCCAAACAAUGAAGACGACGACGACAGCAGUAGUUGCUACAGUUCCGUCAGUGAUCUUGUACAACAGAUGAUCAGUGGUGACAUCAAUGGCAAGACACCGAUAGGGUCGCAGAACCCACCCUUUAACCCUGUCAGAUCAUCAUCACCUUUACCUGAUGUGCAGGCUUCAUUUUCGUUACCYGAUGCCCUAACGACAGGACCUUUUGGUCAAUUUCUUGGGUUACAAAGUGGAAAAGAAAGGCAGACUUCAGACAGUGACACCAUUAUUAAAUCUGGAUCAGAGACUACGACCUCAGGAGAUUCAGCCACAGGUUCCAUAGAAAGUGAAUCUUAUUCUGUACCAGAUGAUGAUUCUGAUGGACUUAUUUACUCUGUAUCUAACCCUCCUUCUCCAGAGAGUGAGCGUAAAAAAUUCCCUGCCUCAGACACAGAUGACAGCGAGAAAACCUCUGCGUCAGACCAGGAGAGUUCUCAAGUUUCAACUGUUGUUUCUAAAUCAGAGAAAAGUAGUACUCCAACAGAACCAGUAUCUGUUAUGGCAGGUUUUUUGAACAGCCUCAAGAAGACAACUAUAAAUGUCGCAAAGAUGGCUACACAAGACCAGGAUGAAAAAGUCAAUCCUGACGGCUACAUGAAGAGGACCAGCAGUCAAACCUCAUUACAGUCCUUGUCAAGCAAACCUUCCAUGGUUUCUGAUGAGAAAUCCUUCUUUCCUUUCCCAGGUGUGAGACAAAGGAAUGGUUCCACUGACAAAAUACUUGGCAGACCAAGUCUAUCGAAGCAGGCAUCUAUGGAGAAAGCAGCACAUAGUGAUAAUCAACAAUUCCUAAAGGAGAUUCUUAGGAAUGUACUACGAGGUGACGGCAUGGGCUGGCUAACUAACAAGCGCUUCAAGCGCUUGAUGAUAGAAGAGAACUACCGAUUGAUUGUGGUCAACCAACUUUUCACUGCUCCAGUGGCAACGGAGGAAGAAGCCGAGGUCAUGGAGGAUGUGCAACUUUCUUAUGACAAGUCUUUAACUCUUGCUGCCAAUCUAAACAAUAAUGCUAAAGCUCUGGAAUCUCUGCAACAAAAAAUUCCUGCCCUACAGUGGAACUUGUCAUCUCUUUCUUUUGGAACAUGGCUCUCACCUACCACUACUGCUACUGCUGCUGCUCCUCCUAUGGGGACUGGAACUGACUCAACCCAGUCCCCUACCCCAGGUGCUAAGCGAAUCUCGCGAAACGUUUAUAAGGGUAUUCUAGAGGUGAUGCGAUACAUGAUAUCAGGCUUCGAAGUGACAGUCUCUAACCACGGUAUCGGUGGUGUUGCCUCAGCCUACAAGUUCCUGGAGGUAGCUCAUACCCAUUAUUAUGGUCGGGACAUCAAAGAAGAGGCGGUCAAACGACGAAGCGACGACGAGUUAUCGAUUGCUUCCAACUGUGAAAGUAUUUCGAGUCUUUCUGAUCAGCUGAGCGAAAUUUCAUCAUCGGAAAUAGAGAAAAGACGGUUUAAUGGAGAGAGUGAUCGGGAUAGUGGUCAUGGAGGAAGCGAGUUCGACGCCAUAAUGCUACCUGUAGCAAAACACGACAAGCUGAGCAAAACCGUUAGCUGCCCUCGCUGGAACAGCGAUUUAACCAACUCUUCUACUCACAACAAGAGCAAAGCUCGCCUUAAAGAAAGCGCAAAGCUUGUAAGAACUUAUUCAGCCGACCAACCGAGCAAGACAACGAGGCAAAGAGAAGUAGAAUUACGAAAAGAGAAAUCAAAAAGUCCAACACUUGCUCAUAUGAAGCUUAGCGGUGAAGGAAGCUCUUCGAGAAGGAGCUCGUAUGAUAGAAUGAGUUUAUCGUCAGUGAAUAUUCCACCAAGUCCCAUGCUAAGGAAAAGUAACUUAAGCAAGGGUUAUCGGUACUAUAAUGGUGAUUUAUUCCCCAUUGACAACGAACCUGAUAAACCGACCACUGGUCGCAGAUAUUUAUUCGAGAGCUUGUUGCACGAGAGAUCUGCCUUAUGGGAUAACAUGGACUUCUGGGAGAACAUCUUCCUGGAUGCUGUUGCUGGGGAGAGAGAAGCUAUUGGCAUGGCCCAGGGGACGAUAGAGAUGAUUGAAAGACAUAAGUCUCUCCAGAAACAAGAACAGAAACGAUUGGAAGAAGAUGAGGACCGUGUCCUAGCAACCAUACUGUAUAACCUGGUGGCAUUCAUGAUUGCACUUGAUGUAGACAAAACUGCUAUCAAGAAAAAAAUACGAAGGCUUAUAGGGAAAGCACACAUUGGUCUGAUGCAGGGACAGCCCAUCAAUGAUCUGCUGGAUAAUAUAGAGAAUUUGAAUGGUAAUGAUGUCGAUCUGAAACCAACAGAAAGUAGGCAGAUUAAGAAACAAUCUUUCGUGGUGCAUUCUGGGAGUACGAUGAAUGGCGACGUCUUCUUCAUGGAGGUAUCAGAUGACUGUAUCCUCCUCCGUACGGGUGCUGGUGUUAUAGUAGAGAGAUGGUGGUAUGAAAAGAUGGUCAAUAUUACGUACUGCUCCAAGACUAAAGUUAUUUGUUUAUGGUACAGAAAAGGAGAAGAUACCUUGCUCAGUAAAUUCUGUACGAAGAAGUGCAAAGCACUUUACUACUGCAUGAAGGAAAGUAUGCAGAGAGCAGCUGAAAGAGUACAAGCAACUAAUAAAGGUCCUCAACUGGGUGGUAGUUUCCCAAUUCAGGACAUGGAAACCAACGAAAAGGGACAAUUACAAGUAACUCUUGAAGGAAUUGGUCUCAAAUUUGCGACUAAGAGGAUUCACAUCGAUCUUUGUCACAUCAGAAACUGUUCGACGCAGAAAGGCGUUUUCGUCCUUGACGAGUUUGUUCCUGCAACUCAACAAACUGUAGAUCAUCGAUUUAAAUCUGAAAAGUGCAACGAGAUAUGCUAUGCAGUUCUCUGUCUCUUCUCUUACGUUGCCGCCUCUAGAAACACCGACUCGAACAGCGGAGCAACAAAUAAAGCCCGGUAGGAGAGGGGUGGAGAAAAUUUGACGAGUAAGUCAGAGAGAUUGGGGCUUACUGAUUCGAGAAGGACUGGUACCGAGUGCUCCAGAAAGGACUGGUACCGAGUGCUCCAGAAAGGACUUGUACAGGUCUGGUAUCAAGACACAUAAGUACCCUUUCUUAAAAUCAUUGCUGCCGAGAAUGAAAGUUAAAAUAACUUUGAAUAAUCGCCAUGGAAAGCACACUUCCUUGAAAUAAUGUAUUUAUAAUAUGAUGGCUGGCGAAAUAAUUGCUUUCAAGAUUGAUCUAAUUUAAACUUUUGGGGGUGGGGAGGGGGGGGGAACUAUUGUACUCAUGCUGGAUCACUUGGUGAAAUAAUGAGAUUACAAUUCAUUCAUAUUUAUUGAAAUUUAAAUUAAAUCUAGCACAUAUCAGUAGCUUAUGUGCAAUACUAAUGUAUUUGGGGAUCAAUUCAACACAAACCUAUGAAAAUAUUGUAACUCAGUAAUGUAAAUCUGUAAUUGGAGAAACAGUUUUUAGAGGGGAGGGGACAGGAUGAAUUUUGGAUGUAAUAAGAAUAAAGGUAGCCUUCACUUUUGGGCUGGAGAUUUUUUUAUAGAUUUUUUCUAGAUUCAUCCUUGCUGAACAUCCUUCCUCUGAAAAUUAAUGUUUCUUGAAGUUAAAUAAUUCGUAAUUCAAAUUCCACAUUCAACUUUACGGCUUUACCUUGGUGUAAUAUUCUAUAUGACAGUCACAAUAGCCCUACACCAAAAUACACCAGGUUCGCAUUCAAUGCAUACUGCUGUUUUAUAAGACUGCGGACUCAUUUUUUAAAGCCUUAGCCUCGUUUACAAGUCAGCUAUUCACAGAUACCAUUAAAAGUCCGUGGGAUUUCAAAAAAUGGUAUUUUUCAAGCUGCACAUUCUUUACAUUACAGUUGACGUUUGCGAAUGAUUUGGUCUUAUGCGAGGCUAAGCCUGUGGCGAUGAGUCUUCAGUCUUAAAACACAGCGGUAUUGACCGAAUGCAUGAGAAAUGGGACUAGAACGGUAGUGGUAUUUUACACCGAGCUAAACUCAUUUCUACAUUGAUGAUGUUUCUUAUACGAGGAAGGGAAAUAGGGCUUAUCAAUAACACUAAGUCAAUAGAUGGUUUUCAACCAAGAGAAUUAAAUAACAAAAGACACGGUGUCCAUGUUGGAGGAUAUAACAAAAGAAUUCAUUGACAAGAAUUCAUUGACAAGUUCCUCCAACAUAGCCGCCGUGAAAACCAUCAAUAACAUACGGGAAGAUUUUAAGAUAAUUAUUGGCGUGACAGCGUAGUGCAAAACCUCGGUGUAAGAUGAAAUAUUUUUGCGCUAAAAGUUGAGUAGUACAACAUGGCGUUUUCGUUAAAAAAUACUAAAAAUAAACGCUCUGUUGCUCUGCUCAUGGAAAAAUUGUCAUUUCAAGUCGUCCCGUGUAACGCUUGUCAGCUUGAUAACCAAAAUUGUUCCUAAUUAAUCCAGUGCCUUGCUAGUUAUACGAGAAAGCAUGAGAAAUUGUAUUGAUAAUAAUAAAUUAUCCAGAAAAUAAUCGAAAUUUUAUAGGAAUUCCACGAUUUUAGGAAAGUAACAAUCAAAGGGACAUUUUGUAGGCAAAAAAUAAAAAAUAUUGCAAUAGAAAAUUAUUUCAUUUUGUUGGCGUUUUUUUUUUCUUCGUUUUUUUCAUUUAGUGUAUCCUACUCAUCUUACCAUUUGUCCCAUUUUCCCCGACAAUUGUUGAAUAUUAUCUUUAAGAAUCUUAAUACAUCUGUCCUUUGUUUGUUCUAAGGGAGUAGUAGGCUUAUCAUGUUUCGUUUCAAUUGUCUCAAAAAAGUAGAAUAAUUCAAAUACGAAAAAAAAAACCUCGAAGAAGUAAAUCUUUCUCUUACAGCACAGGAAGCCCAAAAUCGGGAAAAGUUUGGAAUGUUGUUCCUAAGUAGAAUUUCUCUGCUAUCUACAAUUUUUCUAUGUGGUUUAUGAAACAAAUCUCUGAAAAAAUAAAAAUAAAAAAUAUUCAUAGUUCA